GGUUUUCCUACAGCAGUCCACUAUCUAUAAGACUAUCGAAGAGUCGGAUCCGGUCUGUGAUUGCCGAAAUGCAUCAGUCCGCGGUCAGAGAGAUUGACUACGAUAACCCUCCGUUCCCGCUAACAGCGAUCGACCGUGAGAUCUUAGCUACAAAGGACGAAGACUAUCAUCGCGUCACUUGGGACGAAUUACGCCAAAUCACAGCGAACAACACCCUCGAGCAGCUGAAACGUCUUCCCUCCGACUUACGCCGCUACCUGGCUUGGUGUUACGACAUCAAGAACCGCUACGGAAGCAUUACGACCUUUGUCAUCCAGGAGCGGCUACACUGGACACCAGAACCAGCGCCUGCAGGCAGUGGACCGGUCUUCGCUCACCACUCAGACGUACCUUUUGCGGACCGUAGAGACUACGCUGUGUUGCCCAACGACUGGCCCUACGGCUUUGAACCUGGAAUCAAACAUCUUCUUGUUUGGAGCAAGACGCCGAUUGCGGUUGAUGAUCAGCUGGGAGACGUGACGCCGGAGUCACGACGCUUGAUUGAAGAGUUUGUGGAACGCCAUUUCAUCCGCGCACUUGGUGAAGGUGGCCGUGAUCGAGUGCUGUGGUUCAAGAAUUGGGUAAAGUUGCAGAGUGUGAGAGGUGUCGACCAUGUGCAUGUUCUGGUCAGAUAUCCUCCUGACGACCUGUUGAAGGAGUGGACGGAACGAGACGACAUCUGAUGACAAUCCCAUGUUCUUCGAAUUAUGAAUAUAGAGUGUAUAGACAGCAAGCUUGGUGCUCUCAGAUUGAUACCGACGGUGGCGAAAUGUAAAUGAGU